AUGAGAGUUAAACCCAGAAAUAUAAACUGUGUUUCACACGAAUAUCCAUACACAGUGAAUUACCACAGAGGCAAUUUUGGGGAGCUGACAGUGACUGAAAGAGACAGUAAUACAAACACAGCAAGAAGAGCAGAAAAGCAGAGAGAGCCAGAAGAAGAGGUUGAACAGAUGAAUACAUCCAACAAUGAACAUAAAGAUGACAUCUUGAGUGUCCCAGGAGGUCACAGUGCCUACAGCCAGGGCAGCAGCAGCAUUGCAUCUGGCAUAAAUGAUAAGCUGUGCAUUGAUUCACCAGGCCAACUUCCCACAGGGCAAUUUCCUUACAGGCUCCUUGUAGAAGAGAUAACAGAGACAGCAAUGUUUUCAGUGUUCAAACCAUGUAAGUGGGUGCUGCACUUCCGCGAGGGGCUCGGCUGGGACGGCGGCGCGCUCGAGUUCAACUGGCACCCGGUGCUCGCGGUGACCGGCUUCGUCUUCAUCCAGGGCAUCGCCAUCAUCGUGUACAGACUGCCAUGGACCUGGAAAUGCAGCAAGCUCUUGAUGAAAUCCAUCCACGCGGGCUUAAACGCGGUGGCCGCCAUCCUGGCCAUCAUCGCCGUGGUGGCCGUGUUUGAAAACCACAGUGUCCAACAGAUCCCACACCUGUACAGUCUGCACAGCUGGGUUGGACUGACAGUCGUCAUACUUUACGUCCUACAGCUUGUUGCAGGCUUUUUCAUCUUCCUGCUGCCAUGGGCUCCGAUCUCCCUCCGGGCACUCAUCAUGCCCAUACAUGUGUAUUCUGGGCUCCUCCUCUUCGGGACAGUGAUUGCGACAGUCCUCAUGGGCAUGACAGAGAAGCUGUUUUUUGACCUGAAAAAUCCUUCAUACUAUACCUUCCCACCAGAAGGUGUUUUUGUCAACACCUUGGGCCUUCUGGUGGUGGUGUUUGGAGCUCUCAUCUUUUGGAUUGUCACCAGGCCCCAGUGGAAGCGUCCUAGGGAACCGGGCUCUAUCCCUCUUCAGCUAAACGGCGGCACCGCGGACGCAGCGGAAGGCGCGAUGGCCAUUAGCUCCGGCCACAGCGUGGACACCGCAGACGCAGAGUUAAGCGGCGAGGGAGCAGCCCGGAAAAGGACCGUCGGCCUCGAUGACGCUGGCCAGAGGUCCACCAUGUGAAGUGUAGACGCCGCCACGUAACUUCUCUUCCAGCGUCAGCUUAGCUUCUCCUGCCGUAGGGGACUUGGGUUCACAGUGCCAGUGGGUAGCGGGGUCACCAGGGGGGCCUGCCUGAGAGCGAGUGCGUUGACCGAGGCCUGUGAACUUGACAAACGCGAAGGGACGUGGUUAGUAGAAGCUGUAGCUG